UAACCGGAGCAACGUAGAAUCUCUCUUCAAAAUGCUGUUUAAAUCCCUGGGAUUUCUGCUCCUGCUGACUAACCAGGCCUGGUGUCAGUCCUUUAGUUUUCCCGUCUACACCGUGGGAAGUAUUGUCUCUGCUCUAGCUGGAGGAGGUGGAGGAGGAGGUGGUGGAGGAGGUGGAGGCGGAGGAGGAGGAGGUGGUGGCGGUGGAGGAGGCAACAAUAACAACAAUGCUCAAGCGGAAUACGAAGCGAGCCUGUAUCAGUAUUACAACGAGUUGCAGCAAUACUACCAGGCUCAGGCGGCCUACGAUGCGUACAUGUACAGUCUCUAUGGUCCCAAUGGAUUCUUUGCCAACGCUGCUACGUCCACUACAGCAGCUCCCAUCACUUCUACGACCGCUGCUAGCCAAACCUCAACUGCAGUUGCCCCAACCGCGGGACCCGUAACCACCUCAACGGCCGUGGCCUCCGACACCACUACCACCGCAAGCACAACCACUGCAUCCCCAGCCACCUCCACUGCAGUUGCCACAACAGCUGGAUCCGGAACCACCUCAACUGCCGUGACCUCCGACACCACCACAACCACUAGCACCACAACCACUGCAUCCCCUGCCACCUCAACUGCAGUUGCCACAACAGCUGGAUCCGGAGCCACUUCAACUGCCGUGGCCUCCGACACCACCACUACCUCAAGCACCACCACCACCACUACCACAACAACCACGGCUGCUCCAGCCACCUCCACUGCUGUGGCACCUGCCGACACGGACACCACUUCGACGGCGGUGGCCAAUGCCCGGAUUCAAACCACUCCCCUGCCCCACCACUAUGUGCCCAGCUCACUGAUCAGUCCCUACGAACUGCACCGCAUCGGCUCCAACCCGAUCUACGUCCGUACCUCCGCCGAUGCCUCAUCUUCAGCUCAGGCCUCUCCUGUAUACAUUCCCUAUAACAACAUUUACCGCAGGGCACAGGUAGCUCCUUACUUCGCCUACGGCAAGAAAUAG